AUGCCCACCGAGGAAAUCCUCCAACGCCUUGACGAGACUCAAAGCAUCAUCGAGACGAGAAACACGAUGCUCGUGAAGAAGAUCCGCACCGAGAAGCGGAAGAAUGAUUUGAGAAGGCUCGCCAUCGAGGAUCACGAUCGGGAUGCGUUAAUUGGACGCUUGAUGAUAAUGAUUAUAUUUGUUUGGAUUGUCCUCUGUUUACUUCAUAAGACAUACAAUGCGGGCGGGACAACGGAACCUCGUAGCCACGUCACCAGUAGCGCAUACGAGACUCAGAAUCUAAUCGGAUCUUCCCACAACCCUCCUCCGCCCAGCCCUCGUCAACGUCUUCCCUCAUUCUCCUCCAAACGUUUUGACCGAUCUGUCGUAUUUUUCUCCACGUUUCCAGAAAUGUCCGUCAUGUCCACCGAGGAAGCCCUCCAACGGCUUGACGAGGCUGAGAUCGUCAUCAAGGAGAGCAACACGACGCUCGUGAAGAAGAUUCGCACCGAGAAGCGGAAGAAUGAACUGAGAAGGCUUGCCAUCAGGGAACAAGAGGAAGAAGAGGACGAGUUCAGGGACUUUAAAAUGUCCGUCAUGCUCACCGAGGAAGCCCUUCAACGCCUUGACGAGGCUGAAAACGUCAUCGAGACGAGCAACACGAUGCUCGCGGACAAGAUCCGCACCCAGAAGCAGAAGAAUGGCUUGAGAAGGCUCGCCAUCAGGGACCAACGGGAAAAGGACGAGCAGUUUGCCGAGGCCGCCAUCAGCAUCUUUGGGGCCGCAAUCAUUAUGAUAACAUUUGCUGCGAUCUUCGUUUUUGUCAAAUAUUGA